CUCACACAAAACUUCUUCUUCCUCAUUCCAACUCAUUCCAGCGUAACCAUGUUGCAUUACGAAGUGACCGUCUACACUGGCCAUCGAGUUUGCUCGGGCACCUUGAACCAUGUGCACAUUAAGUUGGUGGGCAAAGACGGCGAGAGUCACCGCACGUCUUUGAGUUCUUUGAUGAUCGGCGCUGGAUCGGUGUCCACCUAUACAAUUUCCUGCCCAAGGUCCCUUGGAGAGCUUAUCUUGAUCGAACUAGACAAACAACAUGGCUACCUCAUGCCCGAUGACCCUUGGUUCCCCGACAAGGUGGAAAUCAAAUCACCCGAGGGAGUCAUCUACACCUUUCCUAUCCACUGCUGGAUCGGCGACAAGGAGACUCACCGCUUCAGAGAAGGCAAAGCGCUGAGGGUCUUUGACGAAAGCCACUCUCUUGGUCAGUACGCAAGGGAACAGGAGCUGUGCCGCCGCAAAGCAGACUAUGGAUGGGAACAGGCUUACCCAGGCGUGCCCCACUGCAUUGAGGCUGACGGUCCGUCUAAGCUACCUCAUGAGGUCCAGUUCUCUUUCACCAAGACCACAGAGUUUGGAUUCACUGCCAUUGCAGCGCUGACUGAGCUGGAGCUAAAGGGGCUGGAACACGAUCAUCAUAACUGGAAACAUCUUGAUGAUAUCAAACGUGUGUUCUGUAACAAACACACCCUAUUAUCAGAUUAUGUGCAGGCGCACUGGACGGAGGACUGGUUAUUUGGAUAUCAGUUCCUAAACGGAAAUCACCCCACCUUGAUUCAACGCUGCAAAACUCUGCCCAAGAACUUCCCGGUAACCGAUCGCAUGGUCGUCAUCCCCGAUGGCUCAAACUUGUCGAACGAGUUGAAGCAAGGCAACAUAUACCUUUGUGACUACAAGAACCUGGACGGAAUGACAGGAAACAUCAUCCAUAGGGUUCAGCAGUACUUGACGGCGCCCCUCGUCCUGUUUCACAAACGACCUGACGACCAGCUGAUGCCUAUUGCCAUUCAGCUGAAGCAGACUCCAUCUAAGGACAACCCCAUCUUUCUCCCAACUGACUCUGAAUAUGACUGGCUGACGGCUAAGAUUUUUGUGAAAAGUGCCGAUUUCACGGAGCACCAGCUCAACGCUCACUUGCUGCGCACUCACCUGCUGGCGGAGGUGUUUGCUGUGUCACUGCUGCGCAAAGUACCCAUGGUGCAUCCCCUCUACAAGCUCCUCAUACCUCACACUCGCUACACUCUGCAUAUCAACGCGUUAGCUCGGACACAGCUAAUAGGGCCCACUGGAUUCUUCACCAGGUUUGCAGCUUCUGGUGGACAGACUAUGUCAAAGAUCCUAGAGAGGUCGCUGUCCUCCAUCACCUACAGGUCCCUUUGCAUUCCUGACGACAUUGCCGAUCGCGACUUGCAAGAUGUGCCCAACUUCUACUACCGGGAUGAUGGGCUCAAACUUUGGAGCAUCAUCUUCAAAUUUGUGCAGGGAAUGAUACAGUACUACUACAAAAGUGACGAGCAGGUUCAGCAAGACUCAGAACUGCAGAUUUGGAUUGGGGAUAUUUUUGAACACGGAUUCCUUUGCCAGCAACAAACAGGAAUCCCUCAAAGUUUCACCACAGUGCCUGAGCUGGUCAAAUUUGCCACCAUGGUGAUAUUCACUUGCUCGUGCCAGCAUGCGGCUGUAAACAACGGGCAGUACGACUAUGGCGCAUGGAUGCCCAACACUCCCAUCACCUUGCAGCGUGCUCCCCCGACCAAAAAAGGGACAACAAGCAAGGCCACGAUGCUGAAGACAUUGCCACCUAUCAAUGUGACAGUGCAGGGAAUAGCUGUAGUCUGGCUGCUCAGCAAGCAGUCCUCUGACUUUGUUCCCCUUGGACACUACCCAGAGGACCAUUUCACAGAGAGAACCCCACGACAAAUGCAAAAGGAUUUUAAAACCGAGCUUGACCAGUUGUCCAUCAAAAUCAACGAAAGAAACAAGAGUCUGAAAAUCCCGUACACGUACCUGGAUCCAAAGAACGUCGAAAACAGUGUGGCCAUAUAAACGUCGUGAAGUCAACGGCCUG